AUGGGGUAUGCAGGACCCUCUAGGUGCAUCAUGUGCAAAGCACAAUCAGAGACAGUGGACCAUCUACUACUUACCUGUCCCUUUGCGUUCAAAUGUUGGCGAUGGCUUAGUGCUAAACUUGGCUUGAUCACAGCUCUUCCAAAUGACAUCAAAUCCUUGUUUCAAAGCUGGCCUAUCCCAACUAAGGAGUCUACCCUGAGCUUAAUCAUGGAAUUGUCCCCUUCAAGUUUAGUUUGGGAAAUUUGGAAGGAGAGGAAUCACAAGCUAUUUGACAACAAAUCCAGAAGAAUAGAAACAAUCUUGAACUCAAUUGCAAUGAUUAUUGUGGAUUCAAUUAACUACAAGUUAGCCUUCUCUUUGGGUCCACCGAAAGUUUUCUCAUCUUGGGAUGAAAGCAUAAGGAAAAACUGGCAUGGAAUCAGGAUUCCUCCCUCUUUUGGGAAAAAAGACAAUAGGAGAAAGACUGCUAUCUGGUCUCCUCCAAAGCCUGGCUGGAUAAAACUAAAUUUUGAUGGCACCUCAAGAGGCAACUCGGGCCCUUCAGGCAUAGGAUAUGUAAUCAGAGAUCACACAGGACCAACCCUUAGAAAAAUGGCAAAGCUGAUCCCCCUAGACACAAACAACAUAGAAGAGUUUAAAGCUUUGCAAUUCAAACUGAGAGAUUGUAUUAACCAUGGUUUUAAUAACAUCUUAGUGGAGGGCGACUCAGAGAUAGCAAUAAAUGCCAUCAAGAGGAAAAACACUCCAAAUUGGAGACUACAGGGAAUUCUAGAAAGCAUAGUCGCAAGCCUGGACAGGAUCGACAACUAUGAAGCUAAGCACAUCUAUAGAGAAGCAAACUCAGAGGCAGAUGUUCUCUUGAAAUUAGCCGCACAAGGAUCCUAUCUCCAUAGUUGGGAUCAGGGGUAUCUUCCUAUUACUCAUGCAGACCAUUGCAAUUGA